GCGGGCACAGCUGUUAGCACCAAGGACAGCCGCUCAGCCCUGAGCGUCGCAUCAGGUUUGCCACUUCACAGCAGAUCUCCGCACCAAGCCCACGGAAGACCGGGAGAGCAAUUAAUUGCACAAAGGGAACAGCAUAUACCGCGAAAAAUGCUCUCGCUAAUUUCUAUCGAUAUUGGAAACUAAUAAAUGUGUGAAAUUAUGUAAGCAAAGGAGAAUGUUUGAAGAAAGGUUGCUGAAAACUGCAGAGAUAAUCCAGCAGCGGUUGAGAACCUGACCAUGCACAUUCCUCCGCAUUGCACAUAAAUCAGCUGUUCAGAUUUUCCACCCUGUCCAGUGGGACAGUGGUUUUAGACGUGGUAACCGGGUGAACCGUGCAGUCCAGAAUCCGGGCAAGCCGACCCGCAAACACCAGGGAGAAACGCAAGCGGGGUCCACUGCGCGGUUUGGUCGUUCACACGAUGCGUCUGUUUCUGUUGGCAGUGUUCCUCUCGUGCUCCUGUGCGCGGGCCGGCUGCGAGCUGAAGAUAGUGAACAUCGGAGCGGUCCUGAGCCAAAAGAGGUACGAACAAGUCUUUAAAGAUGCGGUGACCCAGGCGAACCAGAUCUACGGGAGGGAUAAAUUCAAGUUGACCGCCAUCUCGGUAACGCACAAACCCAACGCUAUCCAGAUGGCUCUCUCUGUCUGUGAGGACCUCAUCUCCAACCAGGUGUAUGCCAUUCUGGUGAGUCAUCCCCCACAGUCCAACGACCACCUCACCCCCACGCCUGUGUCCUACACUGCUGGAUUCUAUCGCAUCCCUGUGGUGGGCCUCACCACACGCAUGUCCAUCUACUCCGACAAGAGUAUCCACUUGUCCUUUCUGCGGACUGUCCCCCCGUACUCCCAUCAGGCCCACGUGUGGUUCGACAUGAUGCGGGAGUUUCGAUGGAACCACAUCAUCCUGAUAGUCAGCGAUGACCACGAGGGGCGGGCCGCGCAGAAGAGACUGGAGACCCUGCUGGAGGAGAGGGAAACCAAGAAUAAAAAAAGGAACUAUGAAAACCUCGACCAACUGUCCUAUGACAACAAGCGAGGACCUAAGGCAGAGAAAGUCCUCCAGUUCAGCCAGGAGACUAACUUAACCGCGCUACUUCUAGAGGCCAAAGAGCUGGAGGCUCGUGUCAUCAUCCUCUCCGCCAGUGAAGAGGACGCUGCUGCUGUUUACAAGGCUGCCCGUUUCCUUAACAUGACCGGAUCCGGUUACGUGUGGCUGGUGGGAGAGCGCGAGAUGUCCGGUAAAGCACUGAGCGAAGCCCCAGACGGUCUCAUCGGCCUCCAGCUCAUCAACGGCAAGAACGAGUCGGCCCACAUCACUGAUGCUGUUGCAGUGGUGGCCCAGUCCAUCCAGGAGCUCUUCGAGAAGGAGAACAUCACGGAGCCUCCCAGAGGCUGCGUGGGAAAUACCAAUAUCUGGAAAACGGGGCCCCUCUUCAAAAGGGUAUUGAUGUCUUCAAAGUACCCAGAGGGCCUCACUGGACGUGUGGAGUUCAAUGACGACGGUGACAGGAAGUAUGCUCACUACAGCAUUCUGAACUACCAGAAGAGUCGACUCAUUCAAGUUGGGAUUUACAACGGAACGCAGGUUGUGAUGAACAAUCAGAGGAAGAUAAUCUGGCCAGGAGGAGAGACAGAGAAACCGCGGGGUUUUCAGAUGUCCACAAGAUUGAAGAUAGUGACCAUACACCAGGAGCCCUUUGUGUAUGUGAAACCCACAGAGCAGGAUGGUACCUGCAAGGAGGAAAAAACAUUAAAUGGAGUGGCAGAUAUUAAAAAGGUGAUCUGCACCGGACCGAAUGAGACCAUCCCAGGUAACCCAGCAGGACGGCCAAUUGUACCUCAAUGUUGUUAUGGGUUCUGUAUCGACCUACUUAUCAAGUUGGCCGGAACCAUGAACUUUACUUAUGAGGUGCACCUGGUGGCUGAUGGGAAAUUUGGAACACAAGAACGGGUAAACAACAGCAACAAGAAGGAGUGGAACGGCAUGAUGGGAGAGCUCCUGGGGGGUCUUGCGGAUAUGAUUGUUGCCCCGCUGACUAUAAACAACGAACGAGCCCAGUACAUCGAAUUCUCCAAACCUUUUAAGUACCAAGGCCUAACCAUCCUCGUUAAAAAGGAAAUCCCUCGCAGCACGCUGGACUCGUUCAUGCAGCCCUUCCAGAGCACACUGUGGCUGCUGGUGGGUCUGUCGGUUCAUGUGGUGGCGGUGAUGCUCUACCUACUAGACCGGUUCAGCCCAUUUGGGAGGUUUAAAGUAAAUAGUGAAGAAGAAGAAGAAGAUGCCCUCACCUUGUCAUCAGCAAUGUGGUUCUCCUGGGGAGUGUUGCUUAACUCUGGUAUUGGGGAAGGCGCACCGCGCAGCUUCUCAGCGAGAAUCUUGGGCAUGGUGUGGGCCGGCUUUGCCAUGAUCAUAGUGGCAUCGUAUACUGCCAACCUGGCUGCCUUCCUGGUGCUGGACCGGCCUGAGGAGCGCAUCACCGGCAUCAACGACCCGAGGCUGAGGAACCCAUCGGACAAGUUCAUCUACGCAACAGUGAAGCAGAGCUCAGUGGACAUCUACUUCCGGCGGCAGGUGGAGCUUAGCACCAUGUACCGCCACAUGGAGAAGCACAACUACGAGAGUGCCGCCGAGGCCAUCCAGGCCGUGCGUGAUAACAAGCUGCAUGCUUUCAUCUGGGACUCUGCGGUGCUGGAGUUUGAAGCCUCGCAGAAGUGCGAUCUGGUGACCACGGGAGAGCUGUUUUUCCGUUCGGGCUUUGGCAUAGGCAUGCGCAAGGACAGCCCUUGGAAACAGAAUGUGUCCCUGGCCAUUCUCAGUUCCCAUGAGAAUGGCUUCAUGGAGGAUCUAGAUAAAACCUGGGUGAGAUACCAGGAGUGUGACUCACGGAGCAAUGCCCCAGCCACACUCACCUUUGAAAACAUGGCAGGAGUGUUCAUGCUGGUGGCUGGAGGGAUAGCAGCAGGGAUCUUCCUCAUCUUUAUUGAGAUCGCCUACAAGCGGCACAAAGACGCCCGCAGGAAGCAGAUGCAGCUGGCCUUUGCGGCCGUCAACGUCUGGAGGAAGAACCUGCAGGACAGUAAGGAGGCUUCUGGGAGCCAAGCUGUGGGCGCUUCGAUGACUCCAUCGUUACCCUCUUCCUCUCUAGAGACUCAGGAUGAUAGGAAAAGUGGUAGAGCAGAGCCCCCCGACCCCAAAAAGAAAGCCUCUUUUAGGUCCAUCAGUACCUCCCUGGCCUCCAGCAUCAAGAGACGUAGGUCCUCCAAAGACACGCAGUACCCACCAACCGACAUCACGGGCCAGCUCAACCUGUCCGACCCGUCGGUCAGCACAGUUGUAUGAGAUGGACAGAAGGAGAGAGAGACAUUCACUGCUUGGGGAGAGAGAGGGAGGGUGGGCUGGGGGCAGAGAGAGCCUUCCCCCAGCCUGCAGCAUUUUUGGAUCCAUCGUUACUGAAACUUUUAGUCUCAUUGGCUUUGCAGUGCAGCCGUGGAGUUAACCCCACUUGUGAGGGAGGACUGCUUUGAUGAUGGCCCCUGUCACAGCGGUCUGCCAUUACUUAGCUUUAGGGUUUUGAGCUUUACUUACACAUCCUGGGUUUUAUUCGGUUGACUCGCAUUUACGCUGAAUUUAUGCUUAUACAGUCCUAUUUUUGUCCAGUUUUACUUACUGCAGACAUUGUGAUGUUGGCUACUACAACUAUUUAAUAUAUCUAAUUAUACAUUUAAAACAAUCCUGUGUGGUUAGAUUACUUAAGAAUACAACCAACUUUUUACUUAAAUACUUUUCUGUACAUAUCCAUUAACUUCCUAGGAGAGACUAUAACACACAGUAUUUAACAGCACAUUAGGUACACUUGGCUGGAUAACUUCAGCAUUUUAGUACCGUGUCUUUAAAUUGAUAUAUUUAUUUUGAUAAGUCUUUGUUAAAUUGGACACAUUUUAAUAGUGAAAAUCUGAACUUUUGUGACUUUAAAUCAACCAUACUAGAGAUGGAAGCAUGCACAUAUUGUAAAUGUGUAGAACUGACUAUUUAUUUAAUCAUUUGUCCAUGGUGUUAAUACUGCUAUUGUUUGUUGAAAUACUCUGUCGCACUUAAAACAUUUAAACUCCUCUUUUCUAAUCAGUUGCAGUUUUCAUAGAUACAAAAAGUUAGGUAUUUGUUUACUCUAUUCUUUGCAUCUUAAUAAUUGUAAAACUGUUUGUUAAAUUCAUACUUUUUAAAGUGUAUUAUAUACAGCGGGUAUUCUCCUUAAAUGUUCUGCUUGUAAUGUAAUUUAUGUAUUUGGUCCAAAGAGGUCCUUAUUACACCUUUGCUUUUCUCCUAUUUGUAGGGGAUUUUCAGUUACUAGUCUAGUAGAAACUAUGGAAUUAAUUUCUGAAAAAACACUCUCAAAGGGGGACACCUUUUUGUUUUUGCCUGGCACACCUAAUUCAAAAAUCCACUUCUAAGCAUUUUGUUGGAUGAAUCAGGUGUGUAGUCCAAGGACAAAAAAGGCAAAUGUACAUCCUUUUGGUUUCCCUGGAUCUGGAUUAAGAAACACAUGUUAUCGGCCAUGUUUAGAAACACAGUCUCUCUCCCUCUCCCUUUCCUCAGUCUUUCUCAUCUCCAUUCUCAAAGGGGUUGCAUCAAAGGGCCAGGUUUUUCACCCAACCAAUGCAUGGUCUUUCAUGCAACACAUCCUCCCUGAGGAUAAUAGUCUAUUAACGAUUUGUAGGUCUUUUAAAUAUAAGGUACUCACAUAAAUUGAUAACUCGGCUAAAUAAAUGGGAACUUCACCUAAAGGAGACUUUAGUGUUUACAUGUAGACUUAUUUUAUUUGUACUUUUUCUGUGAAUAUAGUUGAUCACUAAAACUUUUUUUUUUAAUGGUUUGGGAGUUCAACUACAGGCACAGAAAGAGUUAAAGUAAUGUUCAGUCAUUGAGGUUGUGUAUGCAUAUCUUGGUUAGAUGCAAAAACAGGUCAUUUCCCAGGCUCUGGAGGUGAGAAACUGUUGCAGCAUUUUGAAACAAAGACUAUAGUACAUUUCUGGUAUGGUACUGCACAGCACUUUAGCCCCAGGGCUUGUCCAUACUGGUCCCACCAACAAGGCAGACUCUAUGGCAUGAUUAUGCAUUCAGUAUACUGGUACAUAACAUACCCAAUAUUUAAAAAGAUAAGUUGUGGUGUUAUUGAGCAAUUACACAGGAGGGAAUACAGUAUAUCAUCAUUAUGGUUAAAGGUUUUCCUUAGGCAUGAUAUAAUUUCAGGUGCCUGGAUACAGCUUUUAGCUGUGAUAUAUUGGCCAUAUACCACAAAUGUGCCCUAUUCCUAUUAUAAACCAUUUUCCAACACAAUUAGAACAGUACUUUUUUUUUUUACUGUGUAGUUUAGGUGUUCAAUGCUGAUUGGCUGAAAACAGUGGUCAGACAAUAUAUCCGGAGUAUGGUGUAAAAUGACUUGUUUACUAUUCUAAUUAUAUCGAAGUUUAUAAUAGCAAUAAGGUACUUCUGGGGUAAUAGCUCACCAAUAUGCCAUAUACCACACUCCGGUCAGACACAAUUUGUUAAUAAUAUUGUUAUAAGUAACAAAUGACCAACAAACAGAAAAUUAUUUAUUUAUAAUUGUAUUAAUUUAUUCUUUUGACAGUUUUUUUUAUUUUAAAAGAUUAUUAAAAUAGAUUGUAGUACAUCACUGGAGAAAAAACAUGUUUGUAGUUUAAGCACUAAAAUAGCAUUUGAAUGUGUAAUGUUAUCACUCAUGAAGUUCUUCUGGUCAUGUUCAUAUUCUGGCACAUGCAUGCUUGUGUGUUUAUUUGUAUUGUUUUGGAUCUUGAAUGCUUAUUGAUUAUUGAUCAUGCCGGAUUUGUGUAGUUUACUGAAACAUGCUUUGAAUGCAUUGUAAAUAGAAAUUGGUUUGUAAUUGAUGAGGAACGGAAGAUUGCAUUGCACUUGCUGUACUGUUACUGAAGAGAAUGUCAUGGACACAGACACAAACAAACACACUUCAUUGUACAUAUUUGGAAGUUUGACCUCAAUCACGAUGAAAUAACAUUGUUUUUCAAUUAAACUCUCUUGUUUGUAUAGAUUUACUUGUAAAUAAAACCAACCUAUUGCCAAAUGCAAUCAGAGAU